UGUAAACAUGGGCAUUUUCAGUGUUUACAUCGUCAAUAAAGCAGGCGGUUUAAUCUAUCAAUAUGAUCACAAUUCACAAAGAACAGAAAUUGAAAAGACGUUUAGUUAUCCCCUUGAACUUGUGCUAAAAACAUUUGAUGAAAAAGUCAUGGUGGCUUUCGGUGAGAGGGACGGAAUUAAAGUUGGACAUACAGUGUUAUCUAUAAAUGGAAUUCCAGCUGAAGGGAAAUAUUUACAGGACAGACGUGAUAUUCUAGAAGUAUUAAAUGAUGAAACCAACUAUCCUAUUAAUAUUAAAUUUGGUCGUGCCAAACUGACUGCUAAUGAAAAGCUUAUGUUAGCUAGUAUGUUCCAUUCGUUGUUUGCAAUUGGUUGUCAGUUAUCUCCUGAACAAAGAUCAUCUGGGAUAGAAUUAUUAGAAACUGAUACAUUUAAACUACAUUGCUUUCAAACUAUGACAGGUAUAAAGUUUAUGGUGAUAACAGAUCCUAAACAAACAGCUGUUGAUAUUUUCUUAAAGAAACUUUAUGAAGUUUAUUCUGAUUUUGCUUUAAAAAAUCCUUUCUAUUCCUUAGACAUGCCAAUAAGAUGCGAGCUUUUUGAUAAUAAUUUACAGUUAGCUAUAGAACAAGCAGAGAGACUGGGCGUUUCUAAUAUUUAACUGGUAUUCCCUUUUCAUUCUCAUUAUGGCAUGUGCAAUAGAACUGUUUAAAAAGUCUGAUUGCCAAUCUUCAG